AUGCAAUAUUCUUCACUUGACGCUACGCCAACUUCUGUUGUACCGCACAACGUACCAUGUUCUCCUGAUGUUGGCAAAGUUGUUCUUGUUAUAAUGGCUGGUGAGCAUCGAACACAAAUUCGAGAUGAUCAGUCAACGAGAGCUGCAUUGGCUGGCAACACUCGAAAUUAUCAACACCUAGCUAUUACACUAUAUGAAGAUACCGUCUAUUUGCUACGUAUUCAAUUUGAAUGCACCGGAUCACAAAAUGAAGAUUCCGUUAGAAAUAACUGUAACCUUCCUCAUGAUGUGGCUGCCUCGAUUGAUCUAAAUGAUGAUGGUAGAUUUAGUGAUAUAGAAAAUGCAGCUCCUUAUCGUUGGCCAGUCACUAGUUAUACACCACAAGGCAUCUAUGAUCUACAAAUAUAUGUGCCUGACAUCGAUGGAACGAAGACGAAAAGUGGACCACAUCGUAUGCGCCUUGACAUAACAUUAAAUGAACAGUAUCGUCAAAAAAUGUGGCAAGAAUUAUUAUAG